AUGGGACAACAGAUGUGGCUUCAAAAAUGGUCCCCUGAUUUCAAACCAGAGGAAGACAUUCCUAUUGCUCCUGUUUGGGUUCUGUUACCCAAACUUCCGUACCAUUUGCACUAUUGGCAUUACAUUAAACAGAUAGUUCAAUCCAUAGGUACUCCUCUUGAACUGGACAGUGCCACGAAAGGAAGGACUAGGCCUAGUAUGGCCAAAAUUAGGGUGGAGAUUGAUCUCCUUAAACCCCUACCUGAUGCCAUUUAUGUUGGUCUGAUUCAUGAAAAUUCCCCUCAAACAGGAUUUAUGCAAAAGAUUGAAUAUGAAGGGAUACCAAAAUACUGCAAGCAUUGCAAAAAGCUUGGUCACAGAAUGAUAGAGUGCAGAACAUUGGAAAGAAAGAAAGCGGCUGUGGGGGAAGCAAAGAAGGAUAGAGUUACUGAGAAAGAUGAAAAUGGCUACAAGAAGGAGGAACAAACUAAGGACUCUGAACAAAUUAAUGAAAAUACCGAGAGUCAAGGCAUCACUAUGGGAGAGAGAUUUGGCAAACGUAAAACCAAAGAAAAAGAAGAGAAAGCUCCCUAA